GUAUUGUAAAAGUCAUGCCAGUUGAACAUCUGUUUGAAUAAAAACAGCUGAUAUUGCUUAACGUGUGAUUAGCCUUUGCCAAAAUAUUUUAGUAAAUAUUUUGUUUCUUUUCUUUCUUAAUAUGAAUAAUAGACUACUAACAAAGUUUAUAGCAAUCAGUACCACAGUAUCCGGUGCCUUUCUCUUAGGUCGCUAUACAGAACGACAACAAAGUAACAAUGGAAACAAUGUACAAAAGCUUACACCAAAACCUGGUCUACCAAUUUUUGCUACUGUUUCUGCUGCCGUACCAGUACCCGCCGAUGAAGUCAACCUCACAGCAACACCGACACGCAUAUCGCAAAUUAUGAAAUUUGGCUUUCCAAGUCUGGAUCAUGUACGUUCAUAUUCAGACUUCGUGCUCUCAUAUGACCGAAAAAAUCGUGUACCACAUUGGGUGUUCGAACAUUUAACAGCAGAAUCUGUUGCUAAAAAUGAUGCAGUUGAUCGUUCUAAAUGUGACUUCAGAGCUGAUGAAAGCAUACACCCAUUCUUUCGUGCGGAAAAUACAGACUACCGACGUUCUGGCUUUGACCGUGGUCAUAUGGCAGCUGCUGGCAAUCAUCGUCGUCAUCAAAAACAUUGUGAAGAUACAUUUUAUCUUUCGAAUAUGGCACCACAAGUUGGACAGGGUUUUAAUAGAGAUUCAUGGAAUCGCCUAGAGUCUUAUGUGCGGAAAUUAACUAAAACGUAUUCAAAUGUUUAUGUAUGCACGGGUCCACUAUAUUUACCACGAAAAGAAGAUGAUGGCAAUGUGUAUAUUAAAUAUCAAGUAAUAGGAAAUAAUAAUGUUGCCGUUCCGACACAUUUUUAUAAAGUUAUUGUUGGUGAAUCGGCAGACCAGAAACUUGAAAUGGAAGCAUAUGUUAUGCCAAACAAAGUGAUAAGCGAUGACACCCCACUACAAGUUUUUCAAGUGCCACCAGAGACUAUUGAACGCGCUGCUGGACUACUAUUUUUUGAUAAAAUUAAUCGCAAGCAACUUACAAAAAUUAAUGGCAAAAAAACGUGAAAUACAAUGUUAAAUUAUAGCUUAUUGAAGGAUGGAAAAAUUAUUAAAGUUAUUAUUUAAUAAUUAUCUGUGCAAUAUAGAGAUAAGACAAUGUUUUGUUAUAAACGUUAAAAUUUAAAUUUAAUAAUAUAAUUAUAUUGUUAAUUUAUUUUAUUUGUUAUUGCCAUUGAGUUUUCUGUUUUAUUUGUUACAGUGAACAACGUUCAAACAAGGUUU